CUUAAAAAGGCCUGGACUUUAGAAUCUAGAUGUCAUCUGGACAUUUUACCCAUAUAGCAAAGCUUGGUGGGUAGUGGCUAUAAAGAAGGGCAGUGCAUAUCUCAUCUUCUUCCUUGUUUUCUCAGAGGUAUCUUCUUCUUCUUCUUUUAGAGAGAGAGAGAGAGAGAGAGAGAGAUGGGGAAUUGUCAAGCCAUUGAUGCAGCAACAUUAGUGGUACAACAUCCAAGUGGGAAAAUGGACAAAUAUUAUUGGCCUGUGAGUGCUAAUGAGAUCAUGAAGAUGAAUCCGGGUCACUAUGUUGCUCUUCUCAUCUCCACCACCUUAUGUCCUUCUAAUAAUGACAAGGAAGAAUGCCAGGUUAAGAAUAAUGACAACAACCACAACAGCAAAAACCAGCAGGUUCGUUUGACUAGGAUUAAGCUUCUCCGGCCGACAGACACUCUUGUUCUUGGCCAAGUUUAUAGACUCAUCACCACUCAAGAGGUCAUGAAAGGUUUGCGGGCAAAGAAGCAGGCAAAGAUGAAGAAAAACUAUUCAGAAUCAGCAGAGAAGCCAGAGAGGGUGGUGAAAGAGAAGCCGGAUUCACGACCAGACACAGCAGCAGCUAGAACAUCUGAACUGGUGAAGGACAACCAUGUGACAACACAUGAGAGACAACGAUCGAGGACAGCAGCAUCAAAUACCUCUGCAACAGCCAGGCCAAGAACAUGGCAACCAUCUUUACAAAGCAUCUCAGAGGCUGCAAGUUGACCAUGCUUUUAACAUGUUAAGGAGAGAAGAGCAGUGGGGUUACUGCAUGACAACUAAAACCUCUGACAAAUAAUUUUGGGGGUAUUCUGGGAGGCCAAUUGUGAUCUUGAGAGAUCAAAGACUUCUUUUUUGAAUUGUUGAUCUGGGUAAUGUAAUGCAUAGCUGUGUAUAGCAAAGGGGCACAUAUCCAACAUUAGUGUAAUUGAGUGCUUUUCUGAAAUGAGAUUAGACUCCAUGUUAUAGAUAA